AUGGCUCCAGAUAAUGACAAUUUGGAAGGAGUUGCGGAUCAGGCUCUUCUUCUUCUCACACAGAUGAAAAGAAAUCCCGACGUUAUGCCACCUUACAAUGAAGAAGCUAUGAGAGCAUGUAUCGCUAAAAUGAACGAGCUGUAUAAUCAGAAUAACGAAUGCGUAACACGUCUUCGGUCACAAGGUGAACGGGCAAGCCGGGAACUCGAAGCAGUGAUGAUUUGUCGGAAUGAGGCCCUUCAGCAUAUUCGGAGGUGUUUGCUUAGCAUAUAUCCAUGCGCGCGCCGAGAGGAUAAGAUCGUAUCGUUGGCGGCUGGGAGGGGUACUACCAGCAAUAAUCUAUGCGAAGCAGAAAUCGAGUUUUUCAAUGAGUACUGUAGCAGUUUGGCGGAGUUCCAAGCCGGAAUAGGUGAAAACGGUGUGAAUCUUCUAUUGAGUACACACCCUCCGAAGGCACUUUACGUCCAGGUACGGGUGUUGGAGAACUAUGGCGAGUUCGAGACCUCUGAUGGUAAUCUAGUAAUGCUGCAAGUCAAUUCAACGCAUUCCUUACCAAGACAUGACUGUGAAAUGCUGAUUAGGCAAGGAAUUCUGGAGAUUGCAAACUAG